UAAAAAAUCACUGAUGGCGUCACUUCUUGCGUCGCCUCAUUAUAGAUGAAUGACAUUUUUCUGUAUUGAGGAAGUGACUCGACAGAGGAAUAAUAGCAGCGCUCAGACCAGACCAGCCUGAGGAGAGCAUAUGUCCGUCUGUCCCUCUGUCUGUCCGCCUGUCUAAUGAAUAACCCCCCUCCUUCUUGCCGGUGCUGAUGACAGGUUGAUACGGACCGGGACACCAUCAGUUGCUCAGGAUGCGUUUAAGUGCUGCUGUUUUUCUGAUCAGCUGAUCAGAGGAUCCGUCCAGAGAAGAAACGCAGACAGAACAAGCUGGUGGACGUUUGGAUUUAUUUAUUUAUUUUAUUUUAUUUUUUUUCGUGGCAGGUUAUUUCCAGAACAAAGAUAAUUUAGUAUUAACUGGAGUUCUAUGGGCUGCUCAGCUGUUACUUAUAUUCAUUUGCCUUUCUGGAAGGUGUUCAUCAAUAAGACAUAACCAUCUAAGCCUCCAGCUCUUGCAGAUGGUAAAGAUGAGCUGGGCCACUGGUACACAAUGUGUUGCAAAGGGAGGCCACAGGAAGCCCAAAUCUGGAGAAUUGGCUUAUCACAAAGGGGACAUCAUCACUAUUAUCGACACAAGCACAAAAAAAGGCUAUUACAAAGCCCGACACAAUGGCACAGGAGAGGAAGGUCUCAUCAACUCCAACAGUGUACGUGAACGAGAGGCGCUGCGAGUUGACUCCAGCCUCAGCCUCAUGCCCUGGUUUCAUGGGAAGAUUUCGGGUCCAGAAGCAGUUUAUAAGUUGCAGCCUCCUGAGGACGGCCUUUUCCUAGUGCGAGAGUCCAUCCGUCAUCCUGGCGACUACGUCCUGUGUAUCAGCAUCUGCAGAGAGGUCAUCCACUACCGGGUCAUUUAUCAGGACAAUAAACUGACCAUCGACAACACACAGUAUUUCUUCAACCUCAUCGACAUGAUCGAGUUUUACUCAAAGAACAAAGGAUCUAUUGCUACGACUCUACUGAAGCCUAAACCGAAACAAGGAACCAAGUCAGCAGUGUUAGAGCUGUCAAAAACUGGAUGGCUGCUGGACAUAACAAAACUCACACUGGGAGAGAACAUCGGAGAGGGCGAGUUUGGGGUGACGGUUUAUGAAGGGGAAUACAUGGGCCAGCGGGUGGCAGUAAAGACCAUUAAAUGCGACGUCACGGCUCAGGCCUUCCUGCAGGAGACCACAGUCAUGACGAAACUCCAACAUAAAAACCUGGUGCGUUUAUUGGGUGUCAUCCUUCACAAAGGGUUGCAAAUUGUCACUGAGCUCAUGACCAAGGGAAACCUUGUAAACUUUCUGAGGACCAGAGGUCGUUCAGUUGUAAACUCAGCCCAGCUGCUACGUUACGCACUUGAUGUGUGUGAAGGGAUGGAGUAUCUGGAGUUCAAGAAACUGAUUCACAGAGACUUGGCAGCUCGUAACAUCUUGGUCUCUGAUGACAACGUGGCCAAGGUCAGUGACUUUGGACUGACCAAAGUGGACGCCAAAGUGUCUGACAGUGCCAAGCUGCCAGUCAAAUGGACUGCCCCUGAAGCUCUGAAGAAAGAGGUCAAAAUUCUCCACCAGUCCGAUGUUUGGAGUUAUGGCAUUCUUCUGUGGGAGAUCUUCUCUUAUGGUCGUCAGCCAUAUCCAAAGAUGUCUCUGAAGGAGGUGAAGGAGAGUGUGGAGGGGGGCUAUCGCAUGGAUGCCCCUGACGACUGCCCUCCUGGAGUUUUCGCCCUCAUGAAGCUUUGCUGGGAACAUGAACCACGCAGAAGACCCGCUUUCCACAAACUGCGAGAAAAACUGGAACAACAAAUGGCUAAACACAGCCCGGACCCUUGGUCUGAACCUCAGGAUGAAAUCAGAUCUGGAUGCUGAAUUUGGAACUCAGAAACAACGUCUGCCCUUGAAAAUAUUCUGUUGACCCCCUUUGUGGUGAUGAAACCACAAAGUUUAAAUGCAAACUACUGGAUUUCUAAUAAACUACUGGGUGGUACAAAAAAAAACACUCCAGGGAGAGAUUAA